AUUCUUUCUAUCAUCAUCAACAACAAACAACUUUAAUCUUUUCAUACAUCUCUUCAAAACUUUCAAAAGAAUUAGAACUUUCAAAAACAAAAAAAAAACAGAAAUGGCUUUGGUGAGAAGUGUAUUGGGUGCAAAGAAGAUUCUUCGCCGAUCCGUCUCAGCAGCUUCCACGAGCAAAAGAGCAUCCACGUCAGCACCAAAAGGGUUUCUUGCGGUGUACGUAGGAGAGAGCCAGAAGAAGAGAUAUGUGGUGCCAAUCUCAUACUUGAACCACCCUUCUUUUCAAGCGCUUCUCAGUAAAUCAGAGGAAGAGUUUGGGUAUGAUCAUCCGAUGGGUGGCUUAACGAUCCCUUGUCCCGAAGAUAUCUUCAUCAACGUAACGUCUAGGCUCCAAUAAUGACGAUUAUCCAAUGUUUUCUUGUUCUUGAGUUAGCAGUAGAGGCUUAUUCAUUGUAAAGUAUAGGACAUUUUUUUCAUUUUCUCUCUCCCUUGGAAGAGUUGUUAUACGAUCAUGUCAAAUACAUUUUGGGUCCAAAAAAGAAAGACCACACAAUAAUUGAAAGAAUCAUUUUGAGUGCAUUAAA